GCUAACUUUUCUAAAAUUAGAAGAACAAUUCUGGAAAGUAAAAAUUGUAUCUGAAAUGCUGCUUCCUUUGGAGAGGGUAAAACACAGUUGAGUUUAAGUCUGUCAAAGAAAAGGCAGAUAAAACUUCUUUUCCUAAUAGUCUUUUCAAGUGGCAAGAAAACAUUAAUUCCAAGCCUGGUUUCCGGUGGCUUUUGAUUUGUAUUUGAUAAAAUUUUGCAGAAAAUCGUGGGUCGUGUAUGGACUAUUUUUCCUAGUGUUACGAAGUUUGUAUGCUUUUAAAUGACCUGUCCCUGGAGUGGGGCAGCGGCAGGGGCCCAGCAUGCAGUGCACACCACCUUAGCUGCAGCAGUAGUGGCUGCCGUAGAGCCACCCCUGCCGUCACAGCCCCUGCUCUGGUGCAGCCGCCCUCGCUCCGUCUGCUCGUCCUCCCUUCGCUAGCACCAUGGCUGACGAGGUGACCGAAGAACAGAUUGCCGAGUUCAAGGGAGCCUUCUCCCUACUUGACAAAGAUGGCAAUGGCACCAUCACAACAAAGGAACGUAGAAUUGUCAUGAGGUCAUGGAGUCAGAACCCAGCAGGAGCCAAAUUGCAGGAGAUGAUCAAUGAUGAGGUGGAUGCUGAUGCUAAUGGCACCAUUGACUUCGCAGAAUUUUUGACUGCAAUGGCUAGAAAAAUGAAAGAUACAAGCAGUGAAGAAGAAAUUUGCGAAGUGUUCCGAGUUUUUUACAAGGAUGGGAAUGGUUAUAUCAGUGUGGCAGAACUAUGUCGUGUCAUGACAAACUUAGGAGAAACACUAACAGAUGAAGAAAUAAAUGAUCAGAGAAGUAGAUAUUGAUGGAGAUGGGUAAGUCCACUAUGAAGAAUUCAUACGGAUGAUGACUGCAAAAUGAAGACCUACUUUCAGCUCCUUUUCCCCUCUCUAGAAGAAUCAUAUUGAAUAUUUUACUUACCUCUUGCAAAAAAAACGAAAACAAAAACAAAAGCAAAAAAACAAAACAGAACAAACCGUUCAUCUACUCAUUCUCUUUCUAUAAAGCAAAACUGAAUGUCGAAAGUACCUUCUGUCCACACACACAAAAUCCGCACAUAUGCGUUGGUGGUCCUGCCUCCUGAAGAUCAAGCUACAUGUCAAUGUUACUAUAUAAACGCUUGUACUCCCUUAAUGAUAGGAAAGCACUUAGUGGACUCCUUGUGUGUCCAUUUGCUAACGGCCAGUUUUUCAUGAAUGUAGCUUGACAAUUGAGCACUGUCAGGCUUUUGUAUUAAAAACGAAAAAUGAAAAAUC